AUGGAAAAGGGCGAAUAUACAGUUUUCGGAUAUGGGUCGUUGAUAUGGAAGCCACCGCCGCACGUCGUUCGCAAGACACCUGGUUACCUCAAGCACUAUGUCCGUCGGUUUGCCCAGUCAUCAAGCGAUCACCGAGGCACUCCAGAGGUUGGAUAUCUCUAUUUUGCUCCAUAUAGACAGUUCAUUCCUUGGAAGUUUCCAGGUCGAGUUGUGACAUUGAUCCAUGCCGACGAGUGGGCCAACUUUAGUGACCAGGACGCAUUUCCUCACGAGGAUACAGUAUGGGGGGUAGCAUACACAAUUGAUCCUGCCCAUGCGCAGGAGGUUCGGGAGUAUCUAGAUUAUCGAGAAAAGGCAGGACCCCUCUCCUCUAUGGACUUCUUUGACCAGAUGCAGGAUGGCUAUACAGUCCACAAAGUAGACGUAUAUGGUAUGGUAGAUGGCGCAGAGAAAGUGGUAUUAGAGCAGGCAACAGUGUAUGUUGGGAAGGCAGACAAUCCAUCUUUCGUCGGCUCGGAGCCCCUCGAUAUACUGGCCAAGCGAAUAUAUGACAGCGUAGGACCAUCGGGGCCGAAUAAGCUGUAA